CCGGAAGUGUGAUGGAGGGAAUGCUCUGCGUUGUCUAGGUUAUGUUGGGCCGUUUGGCGUCAACACAGCAGCAGCAUCAGACAAGAGAAUAACCUUAUGAUGGAAGAAUUUGAAGAUGUUGAUGCUCUUCCUGCUCAGGGUCUGUCUCAGUGCAAAACGUGUAAAAGAUGGUUCUUCCCCAAAGUCCUGGAGAAGCAUGCUAACAUUUGCCAAAAGACAGCAACUAAAAGGAGAAAGAUUUUCGAUUCGAGUCGACAGAGAGCUGAAGGAACAGAGAUCUCCACACUAAAACCAAUCAAACCAAAGUUGCAAAGCUCAGCUGCCUCACAGAAAGCAGAACCUCCGAAGAAGCCUUCCAACUGGCGCAAGAAACAUGAGGACUUCAUCGCCACCAUUCGGGCUGCCAAGGCCGCCACUCAGGCAGUAAAGGAUGGGGGACCAUUACCCCCACCUCCUCCUCCGUCUUAUGAUCCAGAUUACAUCCAGUGUCCUUACUGUCAGCGGAGGUUCAAUGAGAACGCAGCUGACAGACACAUCAAAUUCUGCCAGGAGCAAGCCGCCCGCAUACCCAUUAAAAACAAGUCAGGAGAUGCCAAGAAGCCUCCGAGUCGCACACAGUUUAAGCCUCCUGGUUCUGUAAAGAAAGCGAACCCUCCUGCUGUAUCCACGAUCCCCUCAGCCUCUUCCCGUUUACCUCAGAGACAAGGCCUGGGACAGUCCACUGGAAUCCCAUCAAGUAAGGCUAACCCAGCAGGCUCGGUGAGAAGCAAUCUCUCUGGACUGUCAAGCCCACCCUCAUGCGUGGGAAAUAAGAUCAGAGCUGUAAGCUCAAGCUACGGGUGUGCGAGGAACUCUCCGUCAGGAAUAGCAGCCAACAAAAAGAAAGCUGACACCUACACAUCUAGGAAUGAUGUUGACUGUGGAAAUGAAAUUGACAACGUUGGAAUAAAGAGCAAGUUCUGCCACGCCUGUGGUACCAAGUACCCUGUUGACUCCGCUAAAUUCUGCUGUGAAUGUGGGGUCCGGAGGAUGUGCAUCUGACCGAGGUCAAAAGUCAGAGAAGGAAGAGGAAGUAGGGAUGCCCCUGUGCUCGAUUAGCAGUGAAUUAUUUCACCAAAGCUAAUGAACAUUAAAGACAAAGAACACAUUUCCCGUCAUUAAUUUCACACAUGCUGCUGGUUUCCUAGUAGCUGAGGGGUAUAACUAAGAUAAAGGUUAUACUGCUCUAUGCAACAAAACUGUUGAUAUUCUACAAUAAAUGUUGCUGAUUAUUUUGGUUAAGCGGUCCCGAUGGUUAACUGUUAAGCUUUGAAGGGUGAUUAUCUUAAUGCAUGUCGGCUUUUACUGGAACCAGCCAUGCAUAUGAUCUCAGCUUUCCUCCCACUGUUGAUUUUGCGAUAUCGCUCUUAUGCACGUGUCUAAAACAACGUUACUGCAUUGAGGUUAGCUGGUGUGCAGAAAUCCACACUGAGAAGUAUGUUGUUAAAGGUAAAAGAACAUUAUGUGCAGCUAGUUUAAAUGUGAAUGCCCUUCAACGUCUAUCCCGACCUGAAACACAUUCGGUCAGUCUUCUCUUAUCAAGCAGAAGGUUAUCAUAAUAAAGUGCAUUAUAAUUGA